AUGGAUACCGAAUUUCCUGGCAUUGUCGUUCGGCCGUUGGGAGAAUUCAAAACCACCGCAGAAUAUCAAUACCAAUGUUUGAAGCUAAAUGUCGAUUUUUUGAAAAUCAUACAACUUGGCUUGACAUUCAUGGAUAGUCAAGGCAAGAGUCCGCCAGGUGUGUGUUCCUAUCAAUUUAAUUUCAACUUCAAUUUAACAAUGGAUAUGUAUGCGCAGGAUUCAAUCGAGCUUCUUCAAAAAUCUGGUAUACAAUUCAAAAAGCAUGAAGAAGAAGGUAUCGAUCCACAUUUGUUUGCUGAACUGCUAACUACAUCAGGUGUUGUGUUCAUGGAAAAUGUCACAUGGCUUUCAUUUCACGCUGGCUAUGAUUUUGGAUAUCUUCUCAAGAUGUUAACUGGAAAAUUACUACCCGAUACCGAAAAUGAAUUCUUCGAAUUAUUGAAAAUCUACUUUCCAACGAUCUAUGACGUCAAAUAUUUAAUGAAAAGCUGCAAAAGUCUCAAAGGUGGUUUGGAAGAGGUAGCAAAACAACUUGAAAUUGAACGUAUCGGUCCACAACAUCAAGCUGGCAGUGAUAGUUUAAUGACGGGCUUGGCAUUUUUUAAGAUGAAAGAGCUAUUUUUCGAAGAUUCUAUAGAUGAAGGAAAAUAUUCUGGCCAUCUCUAUGGUCUUGGACAUUCGGCAUUUCCAACUGGUGGAUUUGGUUUCGAAAACGAUUCUGUAAAUUGCACAGAAAACGAAAGUCCAUAA